AAUGGGCAAUGAUCCUGCUGGCUGGCUCAGUGUGUCUCCAGAGACUGGAGUGAUCAAAGUCAGAACCCUUAUGGAUAGAGAAUCCGCUUAUGUCAAAGAUGGAAAAUACAGAGCUAUCAUUUUGGCCGUGGAUGAUGACGCAACAUCUCCAGCAACUGGCACAGGAACCCUGAUAAUUGAAUUGGAGAAUGUAAAUGACAACGCUCCUGUUAUAAAUGAAAGGACUGUAGGAGUUUGCAAUCGUGGAUCAGCCCCAGUUCUUCUCUCUAUAACGGACAAAGAUGGACCUCCUUAUGGUGCACCCUUUAGCGUUGAGACCCAAGGAGAAACCAGUAAAAACUGGUCCACCUCAAUGAAUGACACAUCAACUGGUGUUUUUCUGCAUCUCAAGUCUCAAUUGGAGCAGGGGGACUACAAUGUAGUCCUGAGAGUGUUUGAUCAACAUAAGCUGUAUCAGGACAGCUCCAUUCAAGCAACUGUGUGUGACUGCACAGGAGAUGAAGUCCGGUGUACUGAAAAACGGUUAGGAGGGAUGUCACUAUCUGGAGUGCUUGGGAUCCUGGGAGGAAUCUUGGCUCUGCUGUUGCUCGUUCUUCUUCUGCUUUUGUUCCUGAGGAGGAAAAGCGGUACCAAAAAAGAACCCCUCCUUCCUGAAGAUGAUGUAAGAGACAACAUCUACUAUUAUGAUGAGGAAGGCGGUGGAGAAGACGACCAGGAUUAUGAUCUGAGUGUGUUGCAUCGUGGCUUGGACAACAGACCUGAAGUGUUCCGAAAUGAUGUGGCACCCACUUUCCUACCAGCACCUCAGUAUAGACCUCGACCAGCCAACCCUGAGGAGAUUGGGACGUUCAUUGAUGAUAAUCUGAAUGCUGCGGAUAACGACCCUACAGCACCCCCCUAUGACUCCCUCCUGGUGUUUGACUAUGAAGGAGGAGGCUCAGAUGCAGGUUCACUCAGCUCCCUCAACUCUUCCAGCUCAGGACACGACCAAGACUAUGACUUCCUCAAUGAGUGGGGCCCACGCUUUAAGAAGCUGGCAGACAUGUUUGGAGGAGGAGAGGAUUAAGAUCCCCAUUUUAAGAUUUAAUUUACUCCUCUCCCCUCCCUCCUCUGUGCAAGAGGCACAUUGGUGGUUUAUAAGUGCAAAAAUAUGAGAAUUUUAUUUCACUUCAUGGUCUGGUGAUUUGCAUAUGUUUAAAGUUGGAACUGGUAUAAUAGCACUGUUCAUGCAUCAGCAUAAACAAAAAGAAUCUUUGACUUGAUGUGUUUUCUUUUCAUGGGAGCAGUCUUUUUUCUUUUAUUUUUAUUUUUUUCUUUUCCUCGUCCUCUCUUUAAAUGAAGCUCCCAAUUGAAAAGACUUUGAAUAUUUGCUCUGAUUGCUCAGUAGGUAAGAAGCUAUAAUACGGCAUAAGAUGUUUGUCCAAAGCUGUUUAACUGUAUAUUUUAUGUAAUGCUUUUUGCAACAUUUUGUUAACUUUGGCAUUAAAGAUUGAUCUAAAGCAUGAAUGUUACUGUAAAUUUACCAUUUUUGAAAAGCACUGAUUUUUCAAAAACUUUUUGUGAUAUUUGCAGGUGUCUUAUUUCUGUCCUUUUUCCACUCUCAGCUGCAAGGAUGUUCCUGACUUUUUUUGAAAAUGUUUUUCUUUUAUAUAGUUAUGAUUGUUUAGGCAUUGUUUUACACCAUAUUUUAUUAAACAAAUUACUUUUA